AUGCACGAUGAAAAUAAGACUUUACACACAAAUAGUAAUGGUAAUAACCACAAUCACAUCAUCAGCAAUAACAACGCAAUAACUAAUCCAUAUACACCAAGAUAUGCUGAUUUAUUAAGUAGAGGGGAACAAUUUGCGAAUGCAUUUUUUGAUACAGCGAAAAAAAUAGAAAUCGCUAAAUCAUUAGAUACAUUUGGAGUAGAAUAUAUCGAAUUAACAUCACCGGCUGCAUCUGAACAAUCAAGACAAGAUUGUCAAGAAAUUUGUAAUUUAGGAUUGAAGGCAAAAAUAUUAACUCAUAUACGGUGUCAUAUGGAUGAUGCUAAAAUUGCUGUUGAAACAGGCGUUGAUGGAGUUGAUGUGGUAAUUGGUACUUCGUCAUAUCUAAGAGAAUUUAGUCAUGGCAAAGAUAUGGAUUAUAUUACAGAGAAGGCAACUGAGGUGAUACAAUUUGUUAAAUCCAAAGGAAUUGAAGUUAGAUUUUCAUCAGAAGAUUCAUUUCGUAGCGAUCUAGUAGAUUUAUUGAGUAUUUAUCGAGCAGUGGAUAAAUUGGGUGUUAAUAGAGUCGGCAUAGCUGAUACAGUUGGCUGUGCAAAUCCAAGACAAGUGUAUGAAUUAGUUAGAACUCUCAGAGGUGUUGUUUCUUGUGAUAUAGAAUGCCACUUUCAUAAUGACACUGGAUGUGCUAUUGCUAAUGCUUAUGCUGCACUUGAAGCAGGAGCAACGCAUAUCGACACAUCAGUUUUGGGUAUAGGAGAACGUAAUGGUAUAACACCACUUGGAGGCUUGAUUGCAAGAAUGUAUACAGCAAACAAAGAUUAUAUUAAAUCCAAAUAUAAAUUACACAUGUUAAGAGAUUUAGAAAAUUUGGUAGCAGAUUCGGUCGGUGUGGAGGUUCCAUUUAACAAUUACAUUACUGGUUAUUGUGCUUUUACUCAUAAAGCUGGUAUACAUGCUAAAGCUAUAUUAAAUAAUCCAAGUACUUAUGAGAUUUUGAAACCUGAAGAUUUUGGUAUGACUAGAUAUGUAUCAAUUGGACAUCGGUUAACCGGUUGGAAUGCAGUUAAGAAUCGUGUUGAACAAUUGGAUUUAACCUUAACAGAUGAACAAGUUAAAAAGGUUACAACUAAAAUUAAGGAAUUGGCCGAUAUUAGACCUCAAAGUAUGGAAGAUGUAGAUAAUUUAUUAAGGAAUUAUCAUCAUAUCGUAACUUCUGGUGAUCAAUCUAAAGUAGAUAUUUUCUUAUCAGCUACUCAGUUGUCAAUUAAUUGA